AUGACUGGAGGCGGCAAAUCCGGCGGCAAGGCCAGCGGUUCCAAGAACGCGCAAUCGCGAUCUUCCAAGGCUGGUCUCGCUUUCCCCGUUGGUCGUGUUCACCGACUCCUCCGCAAGGGUAACUAUGCCCAGCGUGUUGGUGCUGGCGCUCCCGUGUACCUCGCUGCCGUCCUCGAGUACCUAGCUGCCGAAAUUCUCGAGUUGGCCGGUAACGCUGCCCGUGACAACAAGAAGACCCGUAUCAUCCCCCGUCAUCUUCAACUCGCCAUCCGAAACGACGAGGAGCUGAACAAGCUCCUUGGUCACGUUACCAUUGCCCAGGGUGGUGUCUUGCCCAACAUUCACCAGAACCUUCUCCCCAAGAAGACCGGGAAGCCCGGCAAGAACGCCAGCCAAGAGCUGUAA